AUGGACCCGUACUCCUCUAGGUCUAGGUAUGAUCAAGGUGUCGACGCGAAAGUGGUGGUGAUGGGAAACACUGGUGUUGGCAAAACCAGUCUGCUUCACCGUUACACCCAGAACAGGUUCGAUCCAAAGAACACAACCUCCACAACCGGUGCUUUCUUUGUCACGAAAAAGGUCCUUGUGAACGGAACGAGAGUGAGGCUGCAGCUAUGGGAUACAGCAGGGCAGGAGCGGUUCCGAAGUAUGGCACCCAUGUAUUAUCGCGGGGCAAAUGCUGCUUUGCUGUUGUACGAUAUCACGAACGCAUCUACUUUUGAAGCUGUCCGAGGGUGGCUAGAAGAAUUGAAAAAGAACUGUCCGCCCGACUUGAUAAUCUACAUCGUAGGAUCUAAAGCGGAUCUCCAUCGACGCCGCCAGGUUACUUCAGACCUCGCUCGCCUUUCACUACAUAGCUGGUUCCCCCCGCCUCGGCCACCAACCCCUCCACCUCCACCGGCGCCAUCAACAUUGUCGUAUAUUCGCCCGCGAUUCACCUCGUUUCCAGGUCUACGUUCUCCACCUACUAGCCCCCCACCUAUAUCUAGCCCGAUUCCGCAUGCAUCCCUAGACACUUCAGCUUACCUCGAUUUACAUUCCAACCGCUCAGGCCUCCAACGCAGCCAGUCAUCUGCUGUCUCUCGCAGUCGAUUGGCUAACGCCCCACCUUUGACCCGGUCUAAUACUACCGCUACUACGUCCAGACCACAGAACUCUCGUUUCAACUUCGGCUUUCACGCGGCUGGAUGGAACGAACUAGGCGAUGGUAGCAAUAGCAACAGCAUCGAAGAAGUGGACGAAGAUGCGCUUGCUAAUGAGGAAGACGACCAGGAAUGGGGUUUACACAAAGGCAUGGAACUUUUCGAAGUUUCGGCUAAAGAUGACUUGGGCAUCCAGAAUCUCUUCGAUCAUCUGAUAACUGCUAUCAUUUUACGGAAGGAUCGUAUUGAAGAGGAGAAUGAUUUGAAGAAGCGCGACAGCGUAGUCCUUUCAACCAUCUCAACACCCACAUGGUCAGCGCAAGCUGAAGCAGAAGAGGCCCGCGAAAAGGCAGAACGAUCGUCUGGCAGUUGGAGUUGCUGCUAG